AUAACUUCCUAAGAAAAUUUGAACCUAUAGCUACUGGGACCUACAAUUCAAUUGGGUUAUCCUUGCAAGAAAGCUGAUAGAUUAGGUUUUGUUCAUUAUAGAACUGGUAUUUCCCAGCAGGAUGAGGCACAGUUGCUACGUUCCCAAGAAAUUUCUUUGCAGUUUUUUAUGUUAUAUAUUUCUGAUGUCCAUGAACUCGGCUUUCAGGAAUGCACCCACUUUUGGAAACGAAUCAGAUCGCUUGGCUCUACUUGACUUGAAAAGGAGAGUACUUAAUGACCCACUCAAAAUCAUAAGCUCUUGGAACGAUUCCAUGCAUUUUUGUGACUGGAUCGGUGUUACUUGCAGUCCCACUAUUAGAAGAGUAAUGACGUUGAACUUGGAAGCUCGACAACUGACUGGUUCACUACCAUCUUCAUUAGGAAAUCUUACUCAUCUCACUGAAAUCAGAUUGGGAGACAACAACUUCCAUGGCCCAAUGCCCCAAGAGUUUGGUAAAUUAAUACGAUUGCGCCAUCUCAAUUUAUCCUUCAAUAACUUUGACGGUGAAAUUGCGGCGAAUAUAAGUCAUUGUGUUGAGCUUCUUGUUUUGGAGCUGAGUCUUAAUGAGUUUGUUGGUCAGAUUCCACAUCAGUUCUUCACGUUAAGCAAGUUGGAACGACUUGGGUUUGGCGGUAACAAUCUAGUUGGAAUCAUCCCACCUUGGAUGGGAAAUUUUUCUUCACUAUUUCGUUUGUCUUUUGCACUGAACGAUUUUCAUGGAAGUAUUCCUAGUGAACUAGGACACCUAUCUAGAUUGAAACUCUUCACAGUUUAUGGAAACUAUUUGACGGGUAUAGUGCCGCCAUCGAUCUAUAAUAUAACUUCUCUUACUUACUUUUCUCUUACUCAAAAUCGACUCCAAGGAACUCUGCCGUCAGAUGUGGGAUUUACUCUCCCCAAUCUUGAGGUCUUUGCUGGUGGUGUCAAUAAUUUUGGAGGGCCUAUUCCGAUAUCCUUGGCUAAUAUCUCCGGUCUCCAGGUCGUAGAUUUUGCUGAGAACAGUCUUAUUGGAACUCUUCCUCAUGACUUGGGGAACUUAAAAGAAUUGGUGAGGUUCAAUUUUGAUGACAACAGACUUGGAAGUGGGAAAGCUGAUGACUUAAAUUUAAUCAGGUCUCUGACUAAUUGUACUAGUCUACGCGUUUUGGGUCUUGCUGGGAAUCACUUUGGAGGUACAUUGCCUCUAUCUAUUAGCAACCUUUCAAACCAGCUGACAAUAUUAACCUUGGGUAGCAAUUUGUUAAGUGGAGGCAUUCCUGUGGGGAUUGGAAACUUGAUUAACUUACAAGUUCUUGGAGUAGAAGGGAACAAUUUGAAUGGUAGUGUCCCUUCCAAUAUUGGGAAGCUUCGUCAGUUGUCUGUUCUUAAUUUGAAUAAUAACAUGUUAACUGGGACAAUUCCAUCCUCCAUUGGUAACUUAUCUUCAGUGACCAAGCUUUUCAUGGAGGAUAAUAGACUAGAGGGAAUUAUACCACCAAGCUUGGGACAAUGCAAAAGGCUCCAAGCUCUUGACCUAUCUGGUAACAACCUAAGUGGGACCAUACCAAAAGAAGUUCUCAGUCUCUCUUCCCUUUCAAUCUAUUUGGCCUUAAAUCACAACACACUUACUGGACCAUUGCCACAUGAAGUUGGUGAUUUAGUUAGUUUAACACUGUUAGAUGUAUCACAGAAUAAAUUAUCAGGUGAUAUUCCCAGUACCCUUGGUAAAUGUAUUGGCAUGGUACAGUUGUAUUUGGGAGGUAACCAAUUUGAGGGAAUGAUUCCUCAGUCUUUGAAAGCUUUGAAAGGUCUAGAAGAACUAAAUCUUUCAAGUAACAACUUCUCUGGGUCAAUUCCUCAAUUUCUUGACAAUCUUUUUUCACUUAAAUUUCUUGACCUAUCCUAUAAUAAUUUCGAGGGAAAAGUGCCCAAAGAAGGAAUUUUUUCAAAUUCAACCAUGUUUUCUAUACUUGGAAACAAUAAUCUAUGUGAUGGUUUGCAGGAAUUACAUCUACCUUCGUGCACAUCUAACAGAACACAUUUGUCCAACAAGCUCCUAACACCAAAAGUGUUAAUUCCGUUGGUAUCUACUCUCACAUUCCUAGUUAUUCUUUUGAGCAUCCUAUCUGUAUAUUUUAUGCUGAUAAAGUCAAGGGAAAAUGUUUUAUCUUCAGCUGGAUCUGUGGAUUUAUUAUCACAAAUUUCUUACUUAGAGCUCAAUAGAUCAACAAAUGGGUUUUCUAUAGACAAUUUGAUUGGUUCGGGUAGUUUUGGUUCAGUGUAUAAAGGUACUCUUUUGAAUGAUAAAUCAGUUGUUGCUGUUAAGGUUCUUAACCUUCAACAACAUGGUGCUUCCAAGAGUUUUGUUGAUGAAUGCAAAGCUCUCGCAAGCAUACGACAUCGAAAUCUCCUUAAGAUCGUAACUUCUUGCUCAAGUACAGAUGAAAAAGGUAAUGAGUUCAAAGCUAUAGUAUUUGACUUCAUGUCCAAUGGAAAUCUGGACGGUUGGCUUUACCCUACACAUAUUGAGGAGAAUAAAAGAAAAUUGAGCUUUAUUCAGAGAUUGAACAUUGCUAUUGAUGUUGCCAAUGCAUUAGAUUAUCUCCACAAUCAAUGUGAAACACCUAUCGUUCAUUGUGAUCUAAAGCCUAGCAAUGUGUUGUUGGAUGAUGAUAUGGUAGCCCAUGUUGGGGACUUCGGGUUAGCUAGAUUCAUCCUUGAAAGAUCAGAUCAAUCUUCUUUUAGACAAACCAUGUCAAUUGCGCUCAAGGGUUCUAUUGGAUAUAUUCCCCCAGAGUACGGAACUGGUGGCAACAUUUCCGUUGAAGGAGAUAUCUUUAGCUUUGGGAUUCUACUAUUGGAAACAUUCAUUGGAAGACGGCCCACUGACAACUUGUUUGGCGAUGGCGUGGAUAUUCAUCUAUUCACAGCAAUGGCAUUGCCUCAUGGUGUCUUGGACAUAAUUGAUCCUUUUUUGCUAUCUGAAGUCUCAUGCCAACAAGAAGAAGAGAAUGAAGAAAAAAUACAAACAGUAGCAAUUAUGAGCGGGGAAGAUCGUAGAGAAAUUGAGCAAAGAAGGAUGGAAGAAUACCUAGUCUCAGUAAUGAGAAUUGGGCUGUCAUGCUCCUUAACAACACCUAGAGAAAGGAUGUCCAUGAAUAUAGUUGUUAACAAGUUGCAAACAAUUAAAAGCUCCUAUCUCAAGUAGAAGAAAACAAGCUAAUAUUGUCCAACAAGAUUUUCAAGAACUUGCAGUAUUGCUUAACCAUUUUGGUUACAUCUUGACAUGUAUGGUGAGAAUAAAUCUUGGAGGAAUCAAAGUAAGGUAUGUUGUUUCAUCUACAAAAAAUCAGUUUGUUCAAGUGAUGAGUUAUGAAGAAAUAUUAUUCUGACUAAAGUAGAAAGAAUAUUGCUUAUUUCAAUUGUACAAAAUAUUAUGUACCAAGGUAAAUUUUUUUAGGAGAUAUUAGUGGAUAGGAUUGAAUAAAAGAAAAAAAAAAAUCUUCAUAGCUUCUUUAUAUUAAUUUUAUCAUGUCUAUUACUUUAUAUUAAUUCGGGUGCACCUACUGAUCCGAUGUUUUUAUAAUUGUGUUUCUUUUGCUCUUUUGAUUCAUUGUAAUUUGAGGAAUAGCCUCUUUUCAUUACGAAAAAUUAUGUUUUAAAAUAAUAAUGUUUAUAACUUUAUAGUUUUAACUAAUGUUAUUUAUCAUUUUCAUUUGA